AUGCGUGUGGUUACCAUUGUAAUCUUGCUCUGCUUUUGCAAAGCUGCUGAGCUGCGCAAAGCAAACCCAGGCAGUACGAGAAGCCUAGUGAAUCAUGGCCGGGCAGGUGGGGGCCGGAGAGGCUCCAAUCCCAUCAAACGCUACGCACCAGGCCUCCCCUGUGACGUGUACAUGUACCUCCACGAGAAAUACUUAGAUUGUCAAGAAAGAAAAUUAGUUUAUGUUCUGCCUGGCUGGCCUCAGGAUUUGCUGCACAUGCUAUUAGCAAGAAACAAGAUCCGCAUAUUGAAGAACAACAUGUUUUCCAAGUUUAAAAAGCUGAAAAGCCUAGAUCUGCAACAGAAUGAGAUCUCCAAAAUUGAGAGUGAGGCGUUCUUUGGUUUAAACAGACUUACCACCCUCUUACUGCAGCACAACCAGAUCAAAGUCUUGACGGAGGAGGUGUUCAUUUACACACCUCUCCUGAGCUACCUGCGUCUCUAUGACAACCCCUGGCACUGUACUUGUGAGAUAGAAACGCUUAUUUCAAUGUUGCAGAUUCCAAGGAACCGAAAUUUGGGAAACUACGCCAAGUGCGAAAGCCCACAAAAACUAAAAAAUAAAAAACUGCGGCAGAUAAAAUCUGAACAGUUAUGUAAUGAAGAAGAAAAAGAACAAUUGGACCCGAAACCCCAAGUGUCAGGGCGACCCCCAGUCAUCAAACCUGAGGUGGACUUGACUCUUUGCCACAAUUAUGUGUUUCCUAUACAAACGCUGGACUGCAGAAGGAAAGAGUUGAAAAAAGUUCCAAACAACAUCCCUCCAGAUAUUGUUAAACUUGACUUGUCAUACAACAAAAUCAACCAACUUCGACCCAAGGAAUUUGAAGAUGUUCAUGAGCUAAAGAAAUUAAACCUCAGCAGCAAUGGCAUUGAAUUCAUAGAUCCUGCUGCUUUUUCAGGGCUCACACAUUUAGAAGAGUUAGAUCUAUCAAACAACAGUUUGCAAAACUUUGACUAUGGAGUAUUAGAAGACUUGUAUUUUUUGAAACUCUUGUGGCUCAGAGAUAAUCCUUGGAGAUGUGACUACAACAUCCACUACCUCUACUACUGGUUAAAGCAUCACUACAACGUCCAUUAUAAUGGCCUAGAAUGCAAAAUGCCUGAAGAAUACAAAGGGUGGUUUGUGGGAAAGUAUGUUCGAAGUUACUAUGAAGAAUGCCCCAAAGACAAGUUACCAGCAUACCCUGAGACAUUUGACCAGGAUACAGAAGAAGAUGAAUGGGAAAAAAUACAUAAGGAUCAUAUGGCAAAGAAGCAAAGUGUAAGAAUUACUAUAGUGGGAUAA